AUGUUCACCAGAAGUGUGCGGUGGUUCAGCGCCACGGCCCGGACUAUGGCCAAGGACACUCUGGAAGCUAAGAAGAGGUUGAAGAAGGAGCAGCGGCGGAAGGUUGUGCAAAAGCAAGCCCCUGAAUUGCACCCUCUUUAUAUGGAAGUUCCCCAAGCUUUACGCUAUCUUCGUGCUGCCGAGGUCGGCUUCCCUGCUUCCAGAACCACCAUUUCGUUACACAUGACGGUUUUGCCCGAACGUGGGUCAAAACCGUUGGCCGGGGAGAUUUUCUUCCCCAAGCCGAUUAAGGAAUCAAACGUUAUGGUGUUCUCCGGUAACCCUGAGGUCAUCGAGCAAGCGAAGGCCGACGGUGCUAAGUUCGCCGGUGGUUCUGAUCUUAUUGAGCUGAUUCAAAACGGUACUACCAAGUUGGAUGGGUUGACUCACGCCUUCGCCACCCCUGACAUCGUGAAGGAGCUCAAGGCCAUUGCUCGUCAAAUCGGGCCUAAGGGUUUGAUGCCUCUGGCAAAGAAGGGGACUGUGGCUGAGAACUUGUCGGACUUGAUGAGAAACUCGCUGGGUGCCAUGCCUUUCAAGCAGAAGGGUGAGCAUUUAGCCAUCCCCAUUGGCAGAGCCGACUUUUCCGACCGAGAAAUUGUUGCCAACUUGAAGGCGGUGUCUGACGCUAUCUACGCCCUGCAACCGCCCGGCACCAAGAAGCCGAACUUGCUUGGUAAGGCUGUCAUCUCUCUGACUAGAGGCCCCGGGUUGGUCGUCAACAUCAGACAGCAAGUUUAA